GACUUUGUUUUGCCCUUAGUAAAGAUGUCCGCUCAGCGAAUCACGUGAUGAGGGUCUAACCGGCUGCUGUAGAGGGAUGUUUAUGGCAACGGGAGCAGGGAGCGAGAGGACUGCAGGGCAGCCGCCGAGCCGUCCACCAAUCACUGAGCGCUAGGCGAGGCUCCGCCUGGAGAGCCCGGCUGGGAAGGAGCAAUAUGGCGGCGCUGUGUGUGGGAUCGUUGAGAGGUGACGCUUACAGAAGAUAGGAAGGGAAGAGACUCCAUAGACAUAGGAAGAGAGAGAGCGGCCGGUGUACCUUGUGACUGCUCGAUGUGGAACUAGCUAUCUGGAGUCAGAAUGGACAAGAUUUUGGAAGGCUUGGUGACUUCUAACCAUCCUCUGAAUUUGAAGAAAGUUAUUGUUAAAAAAGUUGUUGAGUCUGCUGAAAAUUCUAUCAAUGAGGAACAAUGCAAAGCUAUGUUCAGUCUCACCACUCGCUUGAUACUAGAAGGAGAUGACUACUUUCAAAAGCAAGUCGGGCACCAAGUUUUGGAAGCCUAUGCAAGAUAUCACCGUGCUGAAUUUGAAAUUUUUUUCAACAGAACCUUCGUUCUAAACCUCUUGCAAGAAGGCUUUGGAUCUUUAGACCGGAAAGAUGUAGCUAUUAUUGACUAUAUUCACAGUGGGCUGAAGUUGAUUAUGAGUUGUCCAUCUGUUUUAGACAUUUUUGCUGUUUUGCAAGUAGAAGUAUUAAGAAUAGUAUGUGAAAGGCCAGAGCCUUUGUUAUGUGCUAGGUUAAGUGAACUACUAAGUGACUUUGUGCAAUGUGUGCCCAAAGGUAAAAUGUCCAUUGCAUUUUGCCAGCAGCUUGUUAGAACAAUUGGACAUUUUCAGUGCAUCUCUACGCUAGAAAAGGUGUUAAGGGAGUAUGUUUCUCAAGUUACCAAAGUUGGUGGUUUGCUGCAAAAUAUCUGGAAAGCUGAGCCAUGCACAUUACUUCCAUCUUUGCAAGAAGUGUUUGCAAUUAUUUCUUCCACAGAUGUUUCAUUUGAACCAUCUGUUGCUUUGGCGAGUCUUGUGCAGCACAUUCCCUUACAGAUGAUUACUGUUCUCAUCAGAAGUUUGACCACCGAUCCUAAUGUGAAAGAUGCAAGCAUGACUCGGGCUCUCUGCAGGAUGAUUGACUGGCUUUCCUGGCCUUUAGCACAGCAUGUGGAGACAUGGGUGAUCGCUCUGCUGAAGGGACUGGCAGCAGUCCAGAAAUUUACUAUUCUAAUUGACGUUACUUUGCUAAAAAUUGAACUGGUAUUCAACAGACUGUGGUUUCCACUGGUAAGACCUGGAGCAUUGGCUGUGCUUUCUCACAUGCUGCUUAGCUUUCAGCAUUCUCCAGAGGCUUUCCAUAUGAUUGUGCCACAUGUUGUAAAUCUGGUCCAGUCUUUUAAAAGUGAUGGCCUCCCAUCCAGUUCAGCAUUCCUUGUUCAGUUUUCCGAACUGAUGCACUGCAUGAUCUAUCACUAUUCUGGAUUCCCAGACCUUUAUGAACCUAUCUUGGAAGCACUUAAGGACUUGCCAAAGCCCCCUGAAGAGAAAGUAAAACUCAUAUUAAACCAAAGUGCCUGGACAUCCCAAUCCAAUGCUUUGGCAUCAUGUCUACCCAGGCUAUCGGGGAAAUCCGAAACUGGAAAAACUGGUCUCAUUAAUCUAGGGAAUACCUGUUAUAUGAAUAGUGUACUACAAGCACUUUUUAUGGCUACAGAUUUCAGGAGGCAUGUGUUGUCACUGAAUUUGAAUGGGUGCAAUUUACUAAUGAAAAAACUGCAACAUCUCUUUGCUUUUUUGGCACACACUCAGAGGGAAGCUUAUGCUCCUCAGAUUUUCUUUGAGUCUUCUAGGCCACCUUGGUUCACACCACGAUCCCAGCAAGACUGCUCAGAGUACCUCCGCUUUCUAUUAGACAGACUACAUGAAGAAGAGAAAUCCUUCAGAGCUCUGUCGUCCUCAAUGCCUGCUGCUGAUCAAAUGGUUACUGAUGGUGGUUUGCAAUCAUCACAAUCUGGCGGGACAGACACCCUUCCUCGAGUGCAGAACACUGGGUGGGGUCUUGAAGAGAAGACUUUAAUAGAGGGUAUGUUUGGAGGGAAGCUACAAACUACCAUUUGCUGCCUGAACUGUAGAAGCACUUCUCAGAAGAUGGAAGCCUUCACUGACCUUUCUCUGGCCUUUUGUCCAUCAUCUGAUAAACCUGUCCAAAGUAUGAUCUGCUCCCCGAAAGAGAAAGAUGAUGAUGAUUGCAUAGAAAUAGAUGAUGCACCAUCUGGCGAAGAGCAGAGAGUUUUUGUUCUUUCUGCACAAGAUGAUUGUGGAAAGUCCACUGAACUACAGUCUGCUGUCAGCGGUCUUCAGUCCAGUAGUAAUAACACCACUGUGGAUGCACCAGCAUGUGAUGACGCAUUGUCAUCUAACAGUGACCUGUGUAGAAAGACUGAUAAGGAUGAAACACUUUCUGUUACGGACUUGUUGAACUAUUUCCUAGCACCAGAGAUACUUGAUGGAGAAAAUCAAUAUCAUUGUGAAAAAUGUGCUUCCCUCCAGAACGCUGAAAAGACUAUGCAUAUAAUAGAAGAACCAGAAUACCUCAUUUUAACUCUGUUAAGGUUUUCAUAUGACCCUAAAUGUCACGUGAGACGGAAAAUCCUGGAUAAUGUGUCCAUUCCACUGGCACUUGAAUUGCCAGUUGAAAGGUCUACCUCAGUGGCUUGUUCUGAAGAUAGAACUCAAGAUGCAGAUGUUACUGAUGUCAGUGAGAACCUGGCUAAAAAGCUGAAACCAUCUGGUAUUGAAGAUCUAUGCUGCACAAAGCUUGUCCCUUAUGUUCUUAGCUCCAUUGUGGUCCAUUCUGGUACCUCAUCAGAAAGCGGCCAUUACUAUUCAUAUGCAAGAAAUGUCACCAGUACAUCACGCUAUCUCUGCCAUGAGAAACCUUACCAAGGUCCUUUAGUGAGCAAAGACACCUCAAACUCGGUUGUUGAAAAUGACACUGCAUGUAAUGACAUGUCUAAAGAAUGGUUUCUGUUUAAUGAUAGUCGAGUGACAUUUACUUCAUUUCAGUCUGUUUUAAAUAUCACCAAUCGGUUUCCAAAAGACACAGCUUAUGUGCUGUUAUAUAAAAAGCACAGUUGUAGUGAUACCAGUAAUGUGCAUCCUAGUGCAGUAAACGGACUUUGGGUAAAUGGGGAACCACCACUUCAGAAGGAGCUGAUGGAUGCCAUUACCAAGGACAAUAAGCUCUACUUACAGGAACAGGAACUUAAUGCCCGUGCGCGGGCUCUACAAGCAGCAUCUGCUUCCUGCUCGUUCAGACCCAAUGGAUUUGAUGACAAUGACCCUCCUGGAAGUUGCGGGCCAAGUGGCGGUGGUGGAGAUGGAGGUUUCAGCACCAUCAGCAGACUUGUCUUUUAAAAUAAAAAUAAAAAUCUAAGUAGUGUCCAAUAUGCACUGAUGACUAAACCACACUGGACAUUGACUUUGUAGGCCAAUCUUCUCACUUCUGCAAAGUGUUGACAUAUCACAUUCUCCUUCAAACAACAAUAUAAUUAAUAGGCAGCUUAUAAUUUAUAUUUGCAGAGAUGUGUGUGAUUUGAUGCACACCAACAUUUUUUUUCCCAUAAUGCCUUGAACUGGUUAAGCAAAGAUAAAUGUAUAUAGUGGUGCUUCAAUGUAAGAACUGGAGUAACAUACACAGAUGGUUUUUGUUCCCCAUACAGCAAUUUAUCCAGAGAUAGUAUUGUAUUAUAUAUGGAACAUAUGGUUUUGUGUUCCAUUUUUCAAACGUAUUGAAAGCUUUAUGGUGCAACCUAUGCGGAAAGCAAUAACCGUCUCUAUUGUAUUCUAGUUCAGGGUCAUUUUUUUUUUUCCCCCACUAAAGCUUCAUUAUAAGCAUCAGAGGAUGUAUGUAUAUAAUCUGUGACAUCACUUUUUAAAAAGAUUGCAUGAAAUUCUACAGUUUUUAACCAGAAAAAAAAUGCUAACUUUAUAGUAUUUCUAAGUUGUCUCAGAAUAAAAAAAAAAUCAAUUUCAGGGAUUACAUCUGCCAUGUAUAAAUGAGGGAAAAUUAUGUAUGUGCCUUGCAGUCCUGUAAAUGAGAUCCCUUUGGAUUGUAGAGUGUAAUAUGUAUUCUACAUUGUCAAUAUUAAGAGUUGCAUCUUGAACUUAUUUUAUUGCCAGAGAAAAAAAAACAGUGGUUCCAUAAAUUGCUUUAAUGAGUCAA